AUGUAUGACUAAUAAUAUAUAGAGCAUCGCAAAUCGAAAUAAGAUAAUUCUAUCGAACUAAAAUCUAGACAUCUUAUUAUGAUGAAUUAAAUAAAGAAAAAAGUACAUAAAAUCUAAUUAUUUAUAAGGAAGAAAAUUGGAAUAACAGGUUUUAUGUUUAAAAAUCAAUGAAUAAUUAAUAAGUUGAUUAAUCUAGAUCAUCAAUGAAUCAAUAUUUUGCAAAAUUGAUUGAAGUUUAAGAUUAUCACAAUAUUCCAGAAUUUCAUAGGUUAUGUAACUACGAAUAUUUUUUUAGACAACUGUUCUAAAUGUGUCUUAGAACCCUCCCAAAGAUUAAGUAGGCUAUUUAAUCUGAAAUUGAAGAAAUAUAAUUAAAAAAAUCACAUAUUUAGGUAGAUUCUCAUUAAUAUUAUAAAAGUAAUGUAUGCAAGCAAUUGAAAAUAGAGAAAAAUGCUUCAGUUUUCUAUUAAAUCAUAUUUAAUUAAUUCAAGAUAAUCCUUAAGAUGAAUAAUUAAUAUUUAAAAGUGCAGAAUUAAUUACUCAUUUAAGAAUACUCUCUAUAAAUGUAGUAGAAUCAAUAAUUGGUUGGAGGUAGUACCUCAUGAAGUAUUUGGUUAAUAUUCAUACUUUAGACAGCAUUUCACUACCCUACACUUAUUUUAAUGAAAAUUAUUUAAUCAAGGUGCUUUAAUUAUUUAUCAAUAGAUGAAAAAAGAUGCAUUAUGCAUUUAAAAUUCAGUACUUUCAAAAUUUUAUUAAUUUUCAAAUAUAUCUGACCCAUUUUUUGUUUCUAUUACUAAACCAACUAAGGAUCCUAGUAAAAUUGUUUAAUUCAUAUCUAAACCUCUUCUUAAUAGAAUAAAGAAUAUUGAAAAUCUUAUUGAAGAAGAAGUAUCCUAAAUUGAAAAAGAAGAAAAGUUAUUAUUUAAAUAAAUGAGCUAAAAAGAUUAAGCUAAGAUGAAUCCUAGGAAAAAUUUAUAAAUUAAUCGUCUAAGGCCAACUAAAAGACCUGAGUUCAGUUAAAAUCAAAAUGUAUAAUUUAAAUCAAUAAUUUUAGAGAGGUAUUAUCAAAUAACUUGAUCCAACUGAUUUUAAAAAUUUUAACUCAGGUUCUUAUCCUUAAAUUAUUCCAUAAAAAUAAUCUAAUAAAUAAAAAAUGGAUAAUCCUGAAAAAUAGGAUUUAAUAAAAAUUUAAAACGAUAAGAGUUAAAAUAAUUAAACAAAAUAAAAAUAACUAUAAAUUUAAUCUAAUUAAUAAACUGAAGAUAAAUAACAAAAUCAUUGCUAGAUUAAUCCUCCUGCUUUUUCAAAUUAAGUUAUUUCUUAAAAUGAUCAUUAAAUUUAAAUAUAAAAAUGCUAUUUAAGCGAUAAGAUGGUAGAAAAUUAUUUAAAAAAUAUCAAUGAUGAUUUUAAAAAAUCAUGGAGAGGAGAGAUUAAAUAAAUGUUGUUGUAAUAUGAAUAAUAAGAGGAAAGCUUUUGUUUAGGAAUAUAUGAAAAUAAUUAAUUGUUAGGAUUAGGAUAAUGUUUUUUAGAACAAUCUUUGUAAGAAAGGAAAUUAAUGUUAAGUCAUUUUUCAACUGCAGAUCCCUCAAAAUUUUAAGAUCAUCUAAAAAUGAUAUUAUAAUUUAUUUGGAAUAUAGAUUCUUGUUAAGAAAUCCGAAUGCCCUUAUACCAUUAUAAUUAUAAUGGUUCUUUUUAAGUGAAUAAAGAAAUUACUUCAAAAUUAAAAGAAUUGAAUUUUCAGUGGAAGGUUGUUUAGAGUGUUAAUUCUGAAACAAGAUUUACAAUAAUGGGUAUUUUAGACGUUUAUUUUAGCAAUCAGACGGCCUUAAGAAUCUAAAAUUUCUGAAUAAAAUGUACCAAUAUUUCUUUAACAUCUUUUCUUUACAAUAGGAAUAAAAAAUUAAAUAUAAAAUGAAAACUAGUUUUUUUCACUUAGUUGUUUGACAAAUUUAAAUACAUUGGUUGAUUUUUAAGAUGAUUAUAUUAAUUAAGUUAAAGACAUUCUUGUUCAAUCAGUAUAAAAAUUUAAAUUAUAACUUAGGCAUAUUAAUUUAAGGGAAUUAAAUUAUAGGAAUAAGAUAAAUAAAUUUUUCAUAGUUAUAUCUAAGAAUCUUUUGAAAAUUUGAAUGAAAUUAAUCCUUAUAAUAAUGAUAUAGAACAAUUACCAGAAAAAGUUAUUAGUAGUUUUAGCAAAGAAUUUUACAGAUGGCCAAAAUUUAAAUUAAGCCAUAAUAAUAAAAUGAUAUAUAAUUGUUUUCGACCAGAAAAAAAUAUUGAAAAUACUGUUGUUUUCAUGUCAGAAUCUGAAGAAAUUAAAAUUUUUUUGAUAGCUGCUGACUAAAGCAAUACCACUAUAUUUAUUUUUGAAUGUAUAUAAUUAACUUAUAUUACAAAGAUGAAGGUGAAUUGAAUUUUGAAAGAGUAUAAUAAAUUUUAAUGUAAUGUAGAACAUCCAUUCCUAUUGAUUAAAAUCUGAAUAUUCCUCAAUUUACUUUGAAUUGCAAAUUCUAAGUAUAAGAAAGCAUUUUGGGAAUUGGAAGAUUUAGUACAGCAUAUAGACCAAAAAUGAUGGAUAUUGAAAAUGUAGAGGGUUUAAUAAUUAAACCCCCAUUUGUAUUCGGUAAUUUAUAUAAAUGAUAUAAAUAGGAAUCAUAAAUGAGGAUUUUAAUGAACUUACUAAUAUGCCUAACUUAUUUUUUAGGGUAGAAGAAUAACAUUGUCUAUAAUUUUGA